AUGCGUUCGCUACUAGGUGGCGCAUUGCGCCCAUAUAUAUGCACCUCGUGUAAGCGUGGGCUCCAGUCACAGCGGAGGGGAUUUGCCUCUAGUAUUUCGCAGCAGCCUGAGAUUUAUGACAUCGUCUGUGUUGGAGGGGGUCCGGCAGGGUUAGCUCUGCUCACGGCAUUGAGGUCUUCUCCGAUUACCUCCAAGCUCAAAGUCGCCCUCGUCGAAAGCCAGGAUAUCACCAAGGCCAAAAGGUGGAACCUCGAUUCCGAAAACUUUUCCAACCGAGUUAGCAGUCUCACGCCAUCAUCUGUUGCAUUCCUGAAAAGUAUCGGCGCCUGGCAGCAUGUCGAUUCCUCUCGAGUGCAACCAUACGAGGAGAUGGAAGUGUGGGAUGGAGUGACGGGGUCAAAUAUUUCAUUCAACUGGCCUCCAGGCCUAAUUGAUCAUGAUACGUCUUCAAAGACAAUUGCGACGAUGACGGAGAAUGCGAAUCUAAUAAGGGGCCUGCUGUCGCGAAUUGAAUCCCUUGGUGAAGAUGUCUCGAUCUUCUCUUCGACAAAGGUCACAUCUAUCAAUAACGGCACUGAUAUCCCCGAUGGACCUGAUCUUUCCGCCUGGCCGGUCCUCACUCUAUCCCCUUCAUCUUCGACGGAAGGAAGCUCCAACCUUCCCACCAUUGCUGCUCGGCUUUUAGUUGGAGCAGACGGAAUCAACAGCCCUGUGCGGUCAUUUGCCGGUAUUUCGACAGAUGGAUGGGAUUAUGACAGACACGGUGUCGUUGCUACCUUAAAGCUCUCCCCCUCAGCGGCCUCUUCCUCCAGACCGGUCACUGCAUAUCAACGGUUUCUCCCUGGAAUUGGUGGUCCGGUUGCCAUGCUCCCUCUACCAAACAACUAUGCCACACUUGUCUGGUCAACCACUGUCCAGAACGCUGCAUAUCUGAAGUCGCUAUCACCAGAAGCAUUUACAACAAUGGUAAAUGCAGCUUUCCGCCUAUCCAUAACAGACUUGAAAUACAUGUUCUCUUUGCCGUCUAGCCAGACUCAAGCUUCUUCCGAGACAACCUAUGACCAUACAGACGAACUGUCCUGGCGGCUGCAGCAUACCCCUGUCCCAUCGUAUGUGCCGCCAGAAGUUGAAACCGUUCACUCGAACACGGUCGCUGCCUUCCCGUUACGAUUCCGCCACGCGUCAACUUACAUUUCACCACGAGUGGCAUUAGUGGGUGACGCAGCUCAUGUCAUACACCCUCUCGGAGGACUUGGGCUGAAUCUCGGAGUCGGCGACGUCAUCUCACUCCAUCGCGCGAUUGAGUACGCUGUAAAACACGGAAUGGAUAUUGGCUCACUGCUUAGCUUGGAACAGUAUGCAGCUGAUAGAUGGAUUACGAAUGCAGGUAUUGGAGGCGCCUGUGAUCUGCUACAUAAGGCUUAUAAUGUGCCUGGCUAUGGGCCGUUUGCGUGGGCAAGAGGCGUUGGCCUCAACGCUGUGAAUAGCUUGUCAGCGUUGAAAGAGGUCAUCAUGAAGCGGGCUUCGACUGCUUGA